CACUACCGCACACCGGAUCCCAACCCCUGUUCCUCCGCAGCCCUCUUUCCCCCCGGACUAAAACCUCCGUAAACCCCCCCGCCCCCGGCCACAACACCCACACAGCUGCUAUACACAAUCUAUAGAUACACACAUUUAUAUAUAUUUCUUUUGAUAUAUGUGAACAUAUUUAAUUUCAGAGGCGGACAUAUUUUAUUUCGACUUCUGAUAAAUUUUUACGUACUUUCAUUUGCAACUUAUAAAAACCUUGAUGAUGGCUUCUCGGGCGAUUUUGAGGAGGAGAAAGAUUGUAUCAGAUUACUUGAAUGUCCCUGUUCGUUCUACACAAAGUUUCCAAACCUUGGGGCAGGGGCAAUCAGGUCAGUGUUUUGAUUCUCGUGGUUAUACGUCCAUCAAGGACCACGUCUCUCAAAAUUCAGAUCAAAUUAGACAGACUAAUGAAACUUCAGCAUUGAGCAAGAAAUUACUGGAUUGCUCAAUCUCACCGGUUUUUAGACACAAGGGUUCUGGAAUUACAUCAUUCAGUUAUGGAAAUAGAAGUUCGGAUUUUAGUUGCCUGAUGGGUGUUAGGUUAAUGUCGCAACUCAGACAUUAUGCUUCCACAGCAACUGCAAAGCAGCCCGAUCUGGGAAGUGAUGAUGAGAACAAUGAGGAAAUGUCUGCAAAAAAGAGAAAAGAAGCUUCCCCGGAAGAAUGUGAUCAAGCUGUUGUGGGUCUGAGUACUGCAAAGGCCAAAGCAAAAGCUAAAAAGUUGCAAGAAUCUCAGAGCGUUGUUAUGCCUGUUUUAAAAAAAUUAUGGACCACACUAUUAGGCAUUGGUCCAGCUCUGAGAGCUGUGGCUUCCAUGAGCAGGGAAGACUGGGCCAAGAAACUCAUCCACUGGAAAACUGAGGUUGUAUCAACAUUGCAGCAUUACUGGUUGGGGUUUAAGCUUCUGUGGGCUGAUGUGAGGAUCAGUUCGAGAUUAUUGAUGAAACUUGCAGGUGGAAAGAGCCUGUCCAGAAGGGAGAGGCAACAGCUUACAAGAACUACUGCUGAUGUGUUUAGGCUAGUUCCGUUUGCUGUUUUUAUCAUCGUUCCGUUUAUGGAGUUUUUGUUGCCCGUUUUCCUGAAGCUCUUCCCAAACAUGUUACCAUCAACCUUCCAGGACAAGAUGAAAGAAGAGGAAGCAUUAAAGCGGAAGUUGAAUGCCAAAAUAGAAUAUGCAAAGUUUCUUCAAGGGACAGUCCAAGAAAUGGCAAAAGAAGUCCAAAAUUCACGGAGUGGAGAAACUAAGAAAACGGCUGAGGACCUGGAUGAAUUUCUGAACAGAGUUAGAACUGGUGCUGGUGUCUCAAAUGAGGAAAUUUUGGGAUUUGCUAAGCUGUUCAAUGAUGAACUCACACUAGAUAAUAUCAGCAGGCCUCGUCUAGUGAAUAUGUGCAAGUACAUGGGAAUCAGCUCUAUUGGAACAGACUCUUACUUGCGGUAUAUGCUACGGAAGAGGUUGCAAAGUAUAAAGAAAGACGACAAAUUGAUUCAAUCAGAGGGUGUGGAGUCUCUAUCAGAGGCUGAGCUUCGCGAAGAUUGUAGAGAGAGGGGAAUGCUUGGAGUAGUUUCGGUGGAGGAAAUGCGCCAACAGCUGCGAGAUUGGCUAGAUUUAUCUCUGAAUCACUCCGUUCCAUCUUCACUUUUGAUUCUUUCCAGAGCCUUCACACUAUCAGGAAAGUUGAGGCCCGAAGAAGCAGUUCGAGCUACACUGUCUUCCCUCCCAGACGAGGUUGUGGAUACUGUGGGUGUUACAUCAUUGCCAUCUGAAGAUUCUGUAUCAGAAAGGAGACGGAAGUUGGAGUUCCUCGAAAAGGAGGAGGAACUUAUCAAGGAGGAGGCAGAAAAAGAGGAAGAAGAACUAGCCAGAAAAAAAGAAUCUGUUGGUGCUGAAGUUGAUGUGGCUUUGAAGGAGAUGAUAGUUCCAACUGCUAGAGAAGCACAACAACAAGCUAGAGCAAGAGCGCUGGAUAAACAAGAACAGCUUUGUGAACUUAGUCGUGCAUUAGCUGUUUUAGCUUCCGCUUCUUCAGUGAGCAGGGAGCGCGAAGAAUUUCUAAGGCUUGUCAAUAAAGAGAUUAAGCUUUACAAUAGCAUGGUGGAUAAAGAUGGUACAGAUGGUGAAGUGGAGGCAAUGAAGGCCUAUAAAGCUGCCCAUGAUGAAAGUGAGGAUGGUGCUGAAGUUCCUGAGAGACACGUGGUUUCAUCUGCUCUUAUAGAUAAGGUCGAUGCUAUGCUUCAAAACCUCGAGAAAGAAAUUGAUGACGUUGACGCAAAAAUUGGUGACCAAUGGCGAAUAUUAGACAGGGAUUAUGAUGGUAAAGUGACUCCCGAAGAGGUGGCAGCUGCUGCUGCGUAUUUGAAGGACACUUUAGGCAAAGAGGGGGUACAAGAACUAAUCAGCAAUCUUUCUAAAGACACAGAUGGAAAGAUACUUGUUGAAGACAUAGUUAGAUUGGGCAGUCGCGUUGACGGUAGCAGCAGAGCUGAAUCUGAGGAAAUGUAGAGAAUAGAAGCACAGCCGUUUUUGCCCGCUUUAAUAGUACAGGUGCUGCGCACAUUUAUGCGCACAUUUUUUUUUUUUUGUCACAUCGGCACUAAAAGACAAUACCUUUACCGAAGAUCCCUUUUUUCCGAGUUUGAGCACGAAAACGAGAUCUUAAAAACAACAGUGGAGAAAUAGAUCUGUUCUUACUGCUUGAGUGGGAAUAAAUUUUGAUAGAUGAAAACAAAGCAUCUGUAUAAAAGCCAUCUUCAAUUUUAACACA